AUGGCGGCAGUGUGGAAGAAACCGGUGAACGGGAGCCCCAGGUCCGCCGCAGCACCGUCGCGGCGGCAAGCCUUAUUAGCAGCUUUGUUGCCCGGCGACGGCGAUCACGGGAGGACCCCGAGAGGCUACGUCCCCGUGGUGCUCGUCGGCGACGAUGAGGAGGGCAGCGAGGAGAGGAUCAUGGUGCACGUCGAGAUGCUCAAGGAGCCAUGCAUGGCGGCCGUUCUGGAGAUGGCCGCGCAGCAGUUCGGCUAUGCCCAACCAGGCGUGCUGAGGAUCCCAUGCGGCGUCGACCGGUUCCAACAGAUGGUCGGCGCGGCGUGCGAGGCUACAUAG